UCUGUUUCAAAACCAUCAACAUCUGCGCAAGUCAUCGCUCCGUUACAUUCCUUUGAAGGAUCAGACGAUUAUGUUUAUGAUGUUAAAUGGUCACCUUGUCAUCCAGCGCUGUUUGCCUCAGUUGACGGUACAGGAAAAUUCUCUAUAUGGAACUUGAAUGUUGAUACUGAGGUACCCAUUGUAAAUACUCAAGUUGGUCAAGGCAAGGCAUUAAAUAAGAUUCAAUGGGAUAAAGAAGGAAGAAAGACAGCAAUUGGAUCUUCUGAUGGGCGUGUUCAUAUUUAUGACAUAGGCGAG